GGUGGUUGUGUGCAUGCGGUGGGAUUGUGAGAGUGAGUGUGUGAGCUGUGGGCAGUGUUGACUUCUUCUGAGUGUGGUCUUCUAGGCGAUAGGUUGUGUGUCCAAGUGUGAUGGUGUUUGCCCUCUUUGGGGUGUAGAUUUGAGUUCUCCGAGGUCCUUUUGCGUUUUCAUCGUUGUAUAUAAUUAUGCUCGUUUGCCUUCUCGACAUGUGUGUUGGGUUGCUUGUCCUUUGCGAUUGUGUUUGGAUGGUCUCGUUGUUGUGUCGGGCGUGUGUGAUCCUGAGUACGUUGGGUUGUGCGUCCCUGAGCGAUUGCGUUUGAUCGAUUUCGUUGUGUCGUGCUGGACAAUGUUUGGGCCUGACCGAGUCGGCUUGUGGGGCAGUGUUGGGUUGUGCUUACUUUGCUUCCCUUCUAUGGGGUUGGACCGCGUGUGGCCCUGUCCGCUCCGGGUUGUGUGCCUGUGUGCUGGUGUCCUUUGGAAGUGCGUUUGUAAAUCGCUGGGGGGUGGAGGGGAGGGCGAGCGAGCGAGAGAUGGAUGCGCAAGUUGAGGAGGCGGCAUGGGGGCGGGGAGAGGGAUUUCACGUUUUAUUCCAAAUUAUGAUGUAUUCGGAAGCCAGUGUUGGCUUGGAUGAGCAGCCCGAUCAGCGGCUGUUCUGUCCGGAGGCCACUCUGUGCCUCGGUGUUGGAGGGGUUGUUAGUGAGUGGGAGGCUCUUCCAGGCUGGAAGCUGAGCAGCGCUCGCGGAGGCCAGCGCCUUCAGGCCGGUAGCCGCCGGCUUCGGUUCCCGCCGCAUUCAGGCUUCGUCCAUUUCUGGGUCUGAAGAUUGGAUCCCCCUUUCCGGACACACACCCCGCAACCCACCCAUGCCAGGCUGCGGACGACUCCGCGCUGUGGCCACAGCUCCGGCCUGACUUCGGUUCCCGAGCCAACGGCGUAGACGAGUCUGCUUAGAAAACAAACGGCCACACUGAACCAGACAUCCCGGUUGGAGGGUCCGAUAACGUUCCGGGCAGUCUGCAGCGGGGUUGUUGUUGUUGGACUAGAUAGUUAUUCCUGAUUGGUCAGGUGUAGGGUUCUUUUUUAUGGGGGUGCGGGGGAGGCUUCAAACACCUGCAGGUUGGGGGCGGAAAGCUGCUGGCGAUUCCCGGGGCGGGUUGGCGAGGACAUGAGGUAAUUCCCAGCCAUUGACCCCCAUUUGUCUCUCUCCCUCCCUCUCGCCCUCCCUCUUUCUCUCCACCCCCAUCUUUCCUGGAAACUCGCUUUGGGCGCGGCAGACCGCCCAGGACCACACCGCGGCCUAACUGCUGGUCUCUCAGUGAGAGAGGGGGAAAGCAAAGACCCCUUUCCACAACCUGGACCUCGGCUCCUGCCCCUCUCCCGCCGGAGGAGGAGUGGAGAUCCUAUUCAGAGGGGCCGCUCUCUCUAAAUAUGCCCCAGGAUGACGGAGCGGCCGCCGAGCGAGGCGGCACGCAGUGACCCCGCGCUAGAGGGACGGGACGCGGCCGAGGCCCGCAUGGCCCCCCCGCACCUGGUCCUGCUGAACGGCGUCGCCAAGGAGACGAGCCGCGCGGCCCCGGCGGAGCCCCCGGUCAUCGAGCUGGGCGCGCGCGGCGGCGGCCCGGGGGGCGGCCCCGCCGGUGGGGGCGGCGCCGCGCGAGACUUAAAGGGCCGCGACGCGGCGGCUGCCGAAGCGCGCCAUCGGGUACCCACCACCGAGCUGUGCAGACCUCCUGGGCCCGCGCCCGCCUCGGCCCCCGCAGAGCUGCCCGGUGACGGCCGCAUGGUGCAGUUGAGCCCGCCCGCGCUGGCGGCCCCCGCCGCCCCCGGCCGCGCGCUGCUCUACAGCCUCAGCCAGCCGCUGGCUUCUCUCGGCAGUGGGUUCUUUGGGGAGCCAGAUGCCUUCCCUAUGUUUGCCACCAACAACCGAGUGAAGAGGAGACCCUCCCCUUAUGAGAUGGAGAUUACUGAUGGUCCCCACACCAAAGUCGUGCGGCGCAUCUUCACCAACAGCCGGGAGCGAUGGCGGCAGCAGAAUGUGAACGGGGCCUUCGCUGAGCUCCGCAAGCUGAUCCCCACGCAUCCCCCAGACAAGAAGCUCAGCAAGAAUGAGAUCCUCCGCCUGGCCAUGAAGUACAUCAACUUCCUGGCCAAGCUGCUCAAUGACCAGGAGGAGGAGGGCAGCCAGCGGGCCAAACCUGGCAAGGACCCUGCGGUGGGGGCUGGUGGAGGGGGUGGUGGCGGAGGGGGCGCUGCACCUCCAGAUGACCUCCUGCAGGACGUGCUGUCCCCGAACUCCAGCUGUGGCAGCUCCCUGGAUGGGGCAGCCAGCCCGGACAGCUACACCGAAGAGCCGGCACCCAAGCACACGGCCCGCAGCCUCCAUCCUGCCAUGCUGCCCGCCGCGGAUGGAGCCGGCCCUCGGUGAUGGGUCUGGGGCCACCCAGGACCAGCCAGGAGCGUGCCCUCAGGCCACGGGCACCAUGGGCUUUAGGGCAGGUGGGGUGAGGAUUGGGCAGCUCUGAAGCAGGGCAUGGACUUUUGAUGAGCUUUCCUUGAUGUCUGAACUGUGGGAAGUCCCAGCUGCCUCUGGGGCUGGCUUUCCUGUUUCCUGCCUCAGUAGGAGAACAGAAAAAUGGAGCAAAGUGGUAGGUACUUUUUAUGAAGAUGGCACGGUCUUCCCCCUUUUCCAAAUCCCUAAGACUUCUCAAGUAAGAGGCUGGAGUGGCAUUGCUUUUGGCCUGGCGCAUGGGAGCCCUGUCUUGGCUGAGACCUGGGGUUGUCAGCUCUCUCCUGAGGCGUCCGGCAGCCUCUGCCUUGCCUUUAGCCCCUCCCAAGCUGGCUGGGGUGGCUUUUGUGGCCACACUGUCCAAAUAUAUAGGUACCCAAUAGCUGCCCAUUUCUUGAGCCCCAUCUUCACCCAGGCCCCUGUUGGUCCAUCCAGCUUGCCAGUGCUGCAGAGAGUCACAAGCCUCGAGGUGCCUUCUUCAGGGCCUGGUUGAAGAAGACAGCCAGUGGACAGCCUGCUCUCGACUAGCUGGGCCAGAGGGUCAGAAACCCAGAAGCCCUUACUUCUUGCCCUGGGGAUCGAAGCUCUGCUUUCUCCCCACUGAGACUUGCCUUCCUCAUCCUUGUGGCUGUGGGGACUGAGUCUGCGGCUGUGAGUGUGCCCUGUGAGCUUUGUUUGAAGGCAGACAAAGGAGAAAUGAUGAGAGUGAAAUUGAGCAAGAGCUAUUUGGGGCACGUGGGCUUCAAAUCGUGGUGGUGUCUCAGAGCUACCUGCCUGCGUCCUCAGCGACACGUCGCGGUUCAUGCAGGGAGCAGAUGCCAGUGUGCUGAUCGGUGUGUGUGGGUGCUGAGAGUAGACGUGCGGCCCCGUCUCGCGUUCUCCUAGCUCCUCAGAGGGGCCUCCCUGCUGCAGGAUGUCUGUUUGCUGACGGUCUGGUCUGUGUCCUGAAACUGAAUCGACAACAAACUCUGUCCUAUGAAUUCCUGGCAUUUGGGAUUUUGCUUGACUUCAGGUAUUUGUGGGGUCUCUAGGUCUCGAUAUGACCCAGGAUCUAGCCCCACUUCUAGGGCCCGGGGAGCCCAGUGAGAGACCAGGCCCUGGCGGAGACCCAAACACAUUGACAUUCACUUAGCAGAACCUUCGGCAUCCCUGAGUGCACAAAUUUUGGUCCUCAAGGGUGUGUAUGGGAGGCUGGCGUGACGCGGUAGGAGUGCUCCCCGCCAAAAGUUGUACAUGACAUUUUUGUAAAUCAAAUCCUUAUCUUCACCUUUUAAAGAAAUACUGCCACAAGUCCCUUGGUAAAGUGGAGAAUCCUUUUGUAGAGUGGACUGCUGCCCCCUCAUUGACCUCCCGUGUCAAUCCAGAUGGUGGGACAUGGUUUUCUUAAGGCAAGGCCUGCCUGUGACCCACAUCCCAAGCCCCUGGAACAAACUGCACACAAGUCCUACAUACCUGUCAUUGUGCCCUCACGUCACCCCAGCCGGCUCUGACCAGGCUCUGCCUUUGAGGUCAGAGGGAAAACAAUGCUCUGACUUUGCCCCGUCCAUAGCAAUGUGGAAGAACCAGCGCUGCCGCUGUCGGGAAAGACCCUCACACCUUAUGGGCUCCAGCCUGGGGGCUCGCCCUCACCAUGGCAGGACCUUGGGGACAGCCACAUGCCCAUGGGGAAUGAUCCCUGCUCUCCUCCCCUUCCUUUUAAGUUGUGAGAGGUCCAGUUUGUGGGGGUGGGAGCAACAUGGUUAACCCUUGUAGCACUCUCUCUGUCCCAUUUCAGCGCCGCCCCCCCCCCCCCAGUCAUAUUUUGAUGAACAUUAGGAUUCAUUCCUUUCUGAUAUUUGGAAGCUCCUGUGAAAAAUCCCAUCUGUCUAAAGAUGGAGCACCUAUUCUAGGUCCUAAGGCUGUGUUUGCUUCCGGUGGAUUAAUUUGACCUGGGAGUGAAAAGUGGCCACGGUGAGCAUAGGUGGAUGGGUUUUAGGAGAUGGAUCACACAUUCUAUGAGGAACUCCAGCUUCUGGCUUCCUCUUCUCUCAGACUUGCAGUGUGACCUGGAAAAGUUCUCUCUCUGAAGGUCAAUUUCUCGUAAAUACCCUGGCUUGGCCGGUGUCCUAGGGCGGUGGUGUGGACUGAAUGGAAUCAUGAAAGUAGAAGCAUUUUGAGGCCGUACGGAACUCUGUCCCCCUCACUAUCAUUCCUGCAGUGGGGUUUUCCACCCUGAGUCUGGGACCUAGGCAGUGGGCCAGUCUGCCUGUCUCCAUAGCAUUUAGGUAAUUUAGGUUCUAAACCACUUUAGCCUGAGUUAUCUAGGUUAUCCUUAUCUCUCCAGAUUGACCUCAUUUCAGUCUCAUUCCAAAGCAAGGCACAGGAGAGAGCCUAGAAAAGGGAUGGGAACAGAGGCAGAAUAUGUAAAAAGUACAACAGCUACCCAAGACAGGCCUGGGUAGGGGUGGGCAAAGCUUCGUGUCUUUGUUAAGAACUAGAAAAGAUCCAUAAUUUUCACUUUCCUUUCCAGCACCUCCCCCCACCAUACUCUUCUCCUUCCUCUGCCUCCUCUUCACCCAUGAACAUUCUCCAUCCAAGAAUAAUAUCUGUACAAAAAGGAAAAAAUGUAAAGGUAAAAAAACAGGAGGAGGACAAAGAUGAUUGUUAAUGACUGGAGGGAAUCACGUCUUUUAAGACAAAUUCGUAUUCUUUUAUUUGUAGUGGCAAACGACAAGAUGGUACAACCUUUAUCCUUUUCCGAAAGCAAAACAAAGGGCACAGCAUCGGUAGUCAGCCGACACCUGUCUCGGCCUUUGGGGGUGGUCGUGUCGUACUUGUGAUGUCAAUGGUACGUGGCCCCCGCCGAAGGCUUGCCCCCCAGCCCAUGUACAUAGCGCAUCGUUCCUGCGGGCGGGCCCAGCACUUUCCGUCAAUGUUGUACUGUACGUGAUGCAUUGCGUUGGUCUCUGCAUUUUUCUGCAGAAGAGGAGUAACCGCUCCAGGUACCUUGACCUUUGUACAGCCCAGAGGCCAACACUGUGGGCGUGUGACUCUUUAGCGACAAAACCCAUGUGGUGAUGAUGUGUGUAUAUAUAUAAGGAUAUAUUGGGAAGAUUUCUAAAUAAAAA